CAACCCGCUCUACCAUCCAUCCUCAGCCUUCUCCAAUCUACAUGCCAAAGCACUCUCCUGUGACAUCGUACACAUGCACUCGCUGCUUGCGAGCAGCUUUCCACCCUCCACGAUCCCGUCUCCAGCGCCGCCACUUCGUUGAUCCCGCAUCACCCCCCGCAUCAGACGAAACUCCCCCCGCCGAAAAUGUCAGAAGCGUGGACAAUGGCACGGCGAAAGAGGAGGAAGGCGGAGGAGCAAUGGCCCGCCGAUUAGCACAACUGAGCGAAGAAAGCCUCGAAACCGGCGGACGAAGCGCCCAAAAAGCCGUCGAGGAAGCCGGGUUCGACGAAGAGCUUCGCCGGAAACUGGAGGAGCGGAUCGCGUCCGCAAACUUCAAGAACGAGUACGCCAGCGCGUUUGCGGAAGCGGGCUUGCCGUCGAGUGCGGGCAGGGGCACGAGGGAUAUCGCGGCGGCGCAGGCGUGGACGGGCACGGAGAGCGUGGAAGAUGCGUCGUUGCGGAUGCUUACGGAUUCGUAUAAGCCGAUAAGGGUGAAGACGAGGAUUCCGUCGCCGGCUGCGCAACCGCCGAAGAGGGUGGAUACGGGAAGACCGGGGCAUAGGUCUACGGGGACGCGGCUGGCGAAUGCGAGGGAUAAGACGUCUAUAUAUGCUACGUUGAAGGACUCUGGGCUAUCUGAGAAGGAGAAGGAGAAGAUGCGACAGGAUAUGAAAGAUCGUUUCUCCCCGCACGCUCGCGCGGUUCCGGCGACUAUCCAGGGACUGGCUUCUCUGGCGAAUGAGCGUAUUGAGGAUGCUAUUGCCAGGGGACAGUUUAAGAAUCUUCCGAAUCGUGGCAAGCAGAUUGAGCGGGACUACAACGCUAGUAGCCCCUUCUUGGAUACGACGGAGUAUUUCAUGAACAAGAUCAUCCAAAAGCAAGAGAUAGUCCCGCCUUGGAUAGAGAAGCAGCAGGAGCUUGUUAGCACUGCUACCAAGUUCCGCGCCCGACUACGAAAUGACUGGAAGCGGCAUGCUGCUAGGAUGAUUGCUAGUAGAGGAGGGAGCCUCCAAGAGCAAGUCCGCAGAGCGCAAGCCUACGCGGCCGCUGAACUCAUCGUCAACCCUCCUCGGCGAAAAGAGGAGAAUCUCAACACCAUAGACGACGCAGGCCACGUUUCUCAGAUCUCCCUUUCAGGGGAGCUCAGCGUACCAUCGCCUUCCGCCUCUCCUGAGACCCAACCCGUCACCGAGAUCACCAUCACAGAAACCCAAACCCCAGAUCCAGUUUCUGCUGAGUCUCCUGAAUCCUCCAAGCCCUCAAAACCGGACCCCCCAUCCGCUGAGGCCAGCGCGGCCCCACCUCCCCCCAUCCCCUUCCGCGACCCUACCUGGCUCGCGACCGAAAAUGCCUACCUCACCCUCUCCAUCACCUCCCUGAACGCCCUAACCCGCACGUACAACCUCAUGGCGCCCGACCUCGCCAAGAAACCCUACUUUUCCCUCCCCCGCGAGCUCGCCGCCUGCUACUCAGACGUCGCGCCGCAAAUCGCGAGCGCGAUUACCGAGCGUGCGUUAGCCCCUAAGCGGCCGACGGAUGAUGGGUUUGGGUUUGGAAAGGGUGCCGGGAUGGUGGAGCGAUUAACUGGGGGAGGCGUGAGGGUGAAGGAUGAGAGGCCCGGGAGGGCGUAUGGGUUUAAAGAGUUUUGGAGGGAUGUGUGGGGGAAGGAGGGGAGUGGGUAGUGUAUGAGGCUUGUGGUGAUGAUGAUGAUGAUGAGGAUGACGAUGAUCAUAAUAGCAAGUGAGUGCAUACGCUAGCGGACUGUUAUUUUUAUUAUACAGAGGUGUGUGUAUGUAUAUACAGUGUAAGAAUACCAAAAUCUACUCCAGUCAUGAGAAUCAUCCGUUUCCGUAACCAUAGUCGUAAAGUAUGUCGUGUCGUCGUACCCAAAGCGUUGUCCAUCCGGCGUCUUCAAAGCGUCAUUCAGCAAGUGGUAUCCGAGACGUACCAGUACCCCAUCCAACUUCCAUCAAUCAAUAAACACACCCUCUCUCCAAUCCUCACUCAC